GAUAGCUUACUGCAUUGAAGUGUUUAGACAAGAGCAGAAGCUUUAGAAUGUCGUUAGUAACGCUGGCUAGCCAGCCAGUUAGCUAACUAGCGACUGUAGCAGCAUACUAGUGAAAGUGAGCAAGCUGAUAGAGUGUGUGUAGCUACGACUAACAGCCAUACAGUUGGUGGCUAGCUAACAUUACUCAUCCUAGACCCCUGACGCAUAAAUGGUUAACGUUACAGCUAGAAACAAAUAGCAGCAUGACUACUGCAGCGCCAUCAUGUGGAAACCAUUAAGGCCAGUUCCAUGGUGGCAGUGGGGCUCACCCUAGCAGCAGCUGGAUUUGUAGGUCGCUAUGCCAUGCAGGCCAUGAAACACAUGGAACCCCAAAUGAAGCAAGCUAUGCAGAGUUUUCCCAAAUCGGCUUUUGGUGGUGGAUACUACAGAGGUGGAUUUGAUCCCAAAAUGAACAAGAGAGAGGCGUCGCUCGUUCUAGGAGUCAGUCCCACAGCUAACAAGACCAAGAUCAGAGAAGCCCACAGAAAACUGAUGAUCCUUAAUCACCCUGAUAGAGGUGGAUCACCAUAUCUUGCGGCUAAAAUAAAUGAAGCAAAGGAUUUACUUGAUGGACAACUAAAGAAAUAGAUCAGAUAAUCACAUUGCACUUGGUUUUUCUUAUUAAUUGUGCCCAAAUAAAUAAUGUAAGAGAUCAAA